GCCGGGACCUCCUUCCAUCCUGGUGAGAGGGGAUGACAGCGCGCCGAGAGGAAGCAGACCCGUGGCUUCCACGCCUGUGCCCGGGUCACCCUGGUGCGUGGUGUGGACGGGCGACGACCGUGUGUUCUUCUUCAACCCCACCAUGCAGCUCUCUGUCUGGGAGAAGCCCAGGGACCUGAAGGACCGAGGGGACCUCAACAGGAUUAUCGAGGACCCACCCCACAAGCGCAAGCUGGAGGCCUCAGCAGCCGACAGCAGCGAUGAGUCCGGCUCUGAAGAUGGCAGGGAACCACAGAACAUGAAAACCAAGAGGAACCGGACCGAAGGCCGUGGGAGUCCAGGGCCAGAGGAGGCAGAGCCAGCGGAGAGAGGCCCACAGACGCAGCCGCCCCAGAUUCUCCUGCCCCUGGAAGAGCGAGUGACCCACUUCCGAGACAUGCUGCUGGAGAGAGGGGUGUCAGCGUUUUCCACUUGGGAGAAAGAAUUACACAAAAUUGUGUUUGACCCGCGCUAUCUCCUGCUGAACUCGGAGGAACGGAAACAGAUUUUUGAACAAUUUGUCAAGACAAGAAUAAAAGAAGAAUACAAGGAACGAAAGAGUAAAUUGCUGCUAGCCAGAGAAGAAUUCAAGAAACUUCUAGAAGAAUCUAAAGUGUCACCGAGGACCACCUUCAAGGAGUUCGCCGAGAAGCAUGGCCGGGACCAGAGGUUCCGCCUAGUGCAGAAGCGCAAGGACCAGGAGCACUUCUUCAACCAGUUCAUCCUCAUCCUUAAGAAGCGGGACAAGGAGAACAGACUGAGACUGCGAAAGAUGAGAUGAAGUCUGUGCAGGGAAGACGAGGGACAGUGCG